AAGAGUGCACAUGGUCGCUCAGUAUUACCCGUAUGAGACUUUGCCCACAGUAAACAUGGCGGCCCGCAGCGCCCGUUUUUCAGCCUGCUGAAGCCAUUUCGCCCUCACUGUGCGUGUGACCUAUGACCCCGCGCAAGCGUGCCAUCACGCCAGCCCAGGUCGCCAUAUUGACUGUUGUCUUUUGCCUAGAGAAGAAGAGAAGCGAAGCGAGCGCGUCUGCGGCGCCUAGACGAGAUAAAAACGCGUUAUUAUUAUUUUCUUAUUGGCAGAAAAAAAAGAAAUCAAAACCGAACCCAUUUUUGCGUCGAGGUUCAUCAAAAAUCCGCGCGGCUCUGUGUGGAGACGGAUAGUUUAUCGAGAUGGCAAGGAAGAAGAGCAAGCAGGCCGGAGUUGGGAAUAAAGAACAGAGUUUGCCGAAGAGCCCCGGCGGUGGAGGAGUUGGAGGUGGAGGAGAUGCUGGAGCUGCAGCAGCAGCCGCCAGGAGCUCUCAGUCGGUGCACACAUGCUGCUUGCUGUGCCAUCGGGAGUUUAAGGACUGGGGCUCGGGUCUGGCCAACGGACUCCCGAGCCACGGGUCCAAGUUGGCUGACGCUGUCCCGGCGCUCUCGCAGGCCCUGCUGAGGGAGGCUCCCGGGCGCAAGCUGGCGGACGCCGUGCCGUCUCUGUCGCAGUCGCUGCUGGGCGAGGUGCCGCUGUGGAUCUGCCAGAGCUGCCGCAAAAGCGUGGAGGAGGAGGAGAGGAGGGCGGUGCAGGAGCAGAGCGCAUCGGCACCGCUGUCCCACUCGUCCUCGUGUAAGUCGCAGAACUGUGGGAACGGUUACCCGGAGCAAAACUCCGUAGACUGGGAUCCCAGCUCCUUCCUGUCGGCCCGGAAACUCUCGGGCCUUUGGAACUCCACGCACACGAACACAGGAGCUCACUGCACCCACGGCACUGCUACUCACUCUCAACAAGCAGGUGGAACGGCAGGACAAACCUGUCACGAUAAACGAUCGUCCCUUGAGGCAUCGGGAACUAAAGUGUGUCCUUACAGUCACCCAGCAUCUCCCAGUGCCACAUCCACCGCUACGCCACUCUCUACCUCCGCUGAGCUUUGCAAGACCUCGGCCAAGCACUUCAAAACCAUGUGUAGGAGACCAACUCCUCCAGGUGAAGCCUUUCACCCAAAUGAGCAGCACCAGUCGUCAGCGGAUCUGUCCGUUCCACCCAACAGCCCGACGGGUCUCUGUUCUUCCCAGAAUUCAUCGCUGCUGCCCCCCUCGGCCAAACCCACAUCCAAUCAGCAUGCUCCGUUCACUCCGCUAGCACCAAACCUCGGCACCAAGCACUCGGGCGGGCAGGAUAAACCCAGCAGCUGCAAAAACGCCAAACUGAGCUCCUCCAUGAUGAGCUGCAAUCACCCAUGUAACGGCCACAACACCAAUGGCGCCGGCGUAGCCUCCACUACCGCAGCUCAUCUAACAGCCAGCUCGUGCAGGGACCAGGCAUGUAAAGGGCACAAGCUGGUAAACGGUUCGUCGUUGUGCCAGCAAGCAGCGUGUGACGGGGAUGAACUUGAGGACGAGGACAGUGGCUCAGAACGCAGCUCCUGUGCCUCCUCUUCCACGAACCAGCGUGACGGCAAAUACUGCGACUGCUGCUACUGCGAGUUCUUCGGACAUAACGCGCCCCCUGCAGCUCCCACAAGCCGGAACUAUGCAGAGAUCCGAGAGAAACUCCGCACGAGGCUGACACGGCGUAAAGAGGAGCUGCCUCAGAGGCAGGACCUGGACCCGGCUGUAACGAGCGCCAUAGAUCACCGGGACGUCGACGAGCUCCUCCACUUCAUCAACUCCACAGAGCCCAAAAGGGUCAACAGCGCCAAGGCUGCCAAACGAGCUCGCCACAAACAGAAGAAGAAGGAGAAGGAGCGUGCCCAACAAGUAUGCAGCGAGCAGCAUUUAUCUUCUUCUCCUCAGCCUGAGGCGAUGGAGGAAGCAGAGGAGGAGGAGGAGCGAGCUCCGGACGGCGAGGCCGGGCGGCUACUCGAGUGGCCGCAGCUGGAACUGGAGCGCGUCAACAGCUUCCUAACAUCUCGUCUCGAGGAGAUCAAGAACACCAUCAAAGACUCCAUUCGCGCCUCGUUCAGCAUGUACGACCUCAACCUCGACGUCAGCGAUUUUCCCAAAAAAGCCGCUUCGCUCGAGGGCCAGCGCCUGCUGCCUCACAUCAACGGGUCUGCCACCGAGCCGCAGCAGAUCGACCUGGACCUCGCGCCACUCUCGUUCAAAAACUUUAAAAAGAGCGUCAAAAUUCUCCAAGGCCUGACCAGCGAGAAUAACAGCAGCCCCCCUCCCACCACCAACACCACCCCCAGCCCUACCCCCACUCCCACUCCCACUCCCACUCCUACCCCUACAAACACCACCGCUGAUAACACCGCUCCCGCACCUAACGUCGUACCCACCAAAUGCAAAGACGAGACCAAGAACGCCACGGGCAAUGCCACGAAAACGAAGAAGGGCAAGAAAAACCAGCGGCAGCAGCAGGAGCAGGCGUCCCAGGAGCAGCAGGCUAACUCCAAACCAGGGAAGGGGACAUCUGGAAAUCAGGAGAAAAGCAAUGAAGUGGAGAAAGGAGCCAGAGGAGGUUGUAGAGGAGCGCAGCAGCACGGAGAGAGUCAGAAAACGCCGAGCAAAAAGACCGAAGAGAGCAAGCAAGCCUCGAAGCACAAUGGUAACGCGGCCUCGAACGGGAACCAUCAUUCGGUUUCCAACACGCAGAGGGGGAAGAACGACGGCGAGACGCGAAUUCACAAAUCGGAGCACGAAGCAGACGGGAAAAGCAACUUGAACAAUGUAGUCCUCUCUCAAAACUCGCAGCAGCAUCAACAGUCCAAAGGCAAGAACAAGAAGAACAAGAGCAAGACGGAAAAGUCCAGUAGCUCUAUUGACGACGUGUUCCUCCCUAAAGAUCUGGAUCCGACGGAGAUGGAUGAGAUUGAUCGCGAGGUUGAAUACUUCAAAAGGUUUUGUCUCGAUUCAGCUAAACAGACACGACAGAAGGUGGCUGUGAACUGGUCCAACUUCAGUCUGAAAAAGAUGCCGUCGAACGCAGCGCAGUAACGCAACACACACACGAACACACACACACACACACACCUGGAUGAUGGUAACAGGAGAACCCCCACACCCCCCUUUCUCUUGGCCACAUGAUUGAUCUCUCCUUGGCUGGAGGUCAUUGUCCUUCUCUCGAUACGCCACGGGACCUCGUCACGCAGUCUGUAAUCGUCCACCGGAGAGUUUUUACUGUAUCUCUUAGUAGAGCGGAAUCACUCGCAGAAAACAAACUCAUUGCUUCAUUUUGUAGUGUGUAAAUAAUGAUUUUACAAUAAAAAAAGGUUUUAAAUACCAAA